AAUGAAUUAGACAAAUAAUUUGAACAAUAGUGUCUUGAUUGAUAAAUUAAAAGGCAUAUUUUAAUCAAACAAAAUCUAAUAUGAUAAGCAAUCUAUAAUUCAAAUAGUUAGAGUCUUGCCAAUAUUAAUUUAUGUUUGGGCAAGACCUAUAUAAAAAAAAUAACAAGCAAAAUUAGCCAGUCAGGUUCUAAGAAAUAAUUGCCAAGAGUGUAGAUUUUAAUAAUAGGAUUCUGUGUUAUUUAAAUUACAUUCAUAAACUAAGAGAGAAUCAAGCUUUAAUUAAUUUUAAUUAAUUGUAGCAUCAUUAAGAUUUAUAGAGCAUAAAUGCUGUGUGACUUUUUUUUUUUUAAAUAACAUUUUAAUUAAAUUAACAAAUCAAUGGGAUCUUGUUCCUCAAAAAAAUUUCAAACACACAAUUCCCUUACUAAUUUUAGCUAAAUCACUCGUGAUCAGCCUUUCCCAAGAAUGUCUUGGGCCGAUAAAUAUAUACAGUAACCAUAAGAACAAAUAAUUCUGCCCUACGAUCCUAACAGUUGAUAUUCAUUUCUAUUAUUUAGGCUUAGAGUAUUAGUAUAAUGUUGAAGUAGAAGGUGUAAUAUUUGAUGUAAUUGCUCCCCCUGACUUUCUAGAUGAUGAUAUUUUAGAGCCUAUAGAAAAUGAUGAAUGAUUCUCUUAGUUCAUUUUGCCAACUGAUAUUGCUAUUCAUAUAUCAUAUCCAUAUUAAACUUUUAACAUCCUGGAGGUUUUACAGAAGAAAUUCUAAAAAUAAAUUUUACAAAGCAAGUCACCUUUGCAUAAAUUUAUUCUCAAAAUAUGAACAAAUUCCACCAUCAUUGACUUUUUAAUGUAAUAGUAGGCAUUAAGAAUUAAGAUCUGCCACUUUUUACAAGGCUUUUUCUCUCACUGAUUCAGAAUUUAUAAAUAUAUACACCUAAUAUCAAAUAUAAGUAGCCCUAUGUAUUCACAGUUAUUAUUAACAAUUAAAUAAAUUGUAGUACUAUAUAUCAAAAUGA